CGAUCGAAGUUUUGUCUGAAAAAAAAUUUCUGUGUUUCAAAAAAAAGAUGGAAAGUGGUAGUCGUUUGGUGUUAUUAGAUUUUUUAUUAGUGAUCAUCUCUCUGUCGACUCAUUUAGUAGAUCUGUUAGUGAAUUGCUAUACUGUUUACAAACAAUUCUACAUGAGGAACUAUACAGUUAUGGCUCUGACUGCUCUAUUGGCAUUUAUUCCCGGUUUCAUCACGUCCAUAUUAAGUUGCUUUUGGCUUACUAAAGGUUCAUCUCAGUCAGUUAAACCCAAGUUGCCCACUAUAUUUCACGUUUUCAGAAUUCUGUCGAUUGUAUUUCUAAAUAGUCCAAUUUCUGGAUACAUCAACGUGCUCUACUAUUUGCUCAAGCGUUACCGAGCCCUGUUGAAAGGUGAGCUUGAAGCACUCCAGCGGAGUUGGGAAGUGAUGGCAGCUUGCAUGACGGAGGUAACUUUGCUACGCCUCUUUUUCGCAUUCCUCAACACUUCCCCGCAGUUCAUUUUGCAGCUAUACUUAGUUCAAGUGGAAACGAAAGCCAACUCGUCAGAAGGAUGGAUUGAAAUAGCUCUUGCCGUGAACUCGUUGAUCAGUGUCAGUAUUGCGGUCACCACAUACGAUCGAACUUUUCUGCAAAAUCAACCCGACAAGGAAGCUAUUCGAUUUCGUGCCACUGCCAUAUUAUUCUUAAUUCAUUUCUUUAGUCUAAGUUCUCGUCUAUUAGCCAUUGGCCUUUUUACUUCGCUCAGCAUCGAAUACGCUGCGUUAUUAUUGGGAAUUCACUGGACUGUCAUGGUAGCCUGGCUGAUGCUUCCCGUACUCAAGUCUUCGUUCCACAUUGAGAAAAUCCUUUCAAUUAUGGCAUUAGGUUUGGCAUUCAUCUUUGUCUUCAUUAAGAGCGAUGGCAGUCGAACGCGACGUAAAUACGCGUUCUAUUACACCAUCUCGCUAGUGGGUAAUACCUCAAUGAUGGUCAUGUGGCUUAAACACGGAAGCUACCCGAGUCUCUCAGAUAUUCCCAAUGUCAUGGGUUCAUGGAUAUACUAUCUCGGGUUAAGUUGCCAUUACGUUUUCUUUUUGACCGGUAUUGCCUUGCUAGCUUUAUAUCAUGCUGGGCGACUUCCCGAACAUGAGGGAGCUGUUUCAAUGGACAUUCGUUUGAACGAACGACUUUGA